AUGGCAGAUAAAUGUCACAUAUAUCUGCUGGGACUGAUAAUUCUCUGCUCACUUCUCAGAGUUAAAGAAAUCUGUGUAAAAUAUUGCAAAAGAGACAAGUGCUUCUGUGUCUAUUCAUGGAUUCAUGAAGGAAUAAAUAUGAAUGACACAGAGAGACAUGAGAGACUGAAUCUGGGGUCUGACUGUUCUCUGAACAUUUAUAAAACCACAAAAGAAGAUUAUGGACUUUACAACUGCUGGCAAUAUGUGAAUGUUGAGACACCAUAUACUAAUGACCAUGUACUUCUACAUAUUCUUCUCCUCUCUCCAGCAUCUACACAGGGGGCAGUGGUGGCUCAAUAUACUUUGUGUAUUAGGGGAUUUAAACUGGUCUGGGUGAAUGAAUCUGGUGUUGAUCUGCAAACAGACUCCAGAUAUCAGAUAUCAUCCUCUCCAGAACACUGUAACAUCACUCUGACUACAACACUCCUGAAUGAAGACAACAACAGAGAGUGGAGAUGUCAGAUUACUGAAGGAACUGACGUGAAGACCUCAGUCAGCUAUACUGUCAAGUAUUUGGUGAUUAUAAUUAUCAUUGAGAUUGCAGCAGUAACUACUCCUACUGUUAUUCAGAUCAUCUGUGAAAGGAGAGCUGGUUCAGUCUAA